AUGGCGUCCCAAAAUCGUGAUCCGACUGCCAGUGCCACUACAAGAAAGGAGCCCACUAAUACUACGGCCAAAGACAACCACUCCGUCAGCAAAAGACUCCAGCAGGAAUUAAUGGUCCUUUUGUCGUCACAGGACAACCGUGUAUCAGCUUUUCCUGAUGGAGAUAAUCUUUUCAGAUGGAUUGGAACAAUUGAAGGUGCUCCUGGAACAGUUUAUGAUGGUUUACGUUUUAAACUUGUACUACAGUUUCCUAGUGGUUAUCCAUACCAGGCCCCAACAGUGAAGUUUGACACAGGUUGUUUCCAUCCCAAUGUAGAUGAACGCGGAAACAUAUGCCUUGAUAUCUUAAAAGAAAAGUGGUCAGCUCUUUAUGAUGUUCGCACAAUUCUUCUCUCCAUCCAGAGUUUAUUAGGAGAACCUAACAAUGACAGCCCAUUGAAUUCAUAUGCUGCUGAGUUGUGGGCAGACCAAGAAGCUUACAAGAAAUAUCUUCACGAACAUUAUGCAAAGAAUAACAAGAAGAAACUCUAA